CAGGCAUGACGAGAUUAAAUUAGAUUAUUCAUGAAAGCAGACCUUUGUGUUUUCCAGCCUCUUCACAUGUUCACUGCGAGGGAAUUAGGCCAUCGGAUCGACCCGCUCCCUCUUGUCCUUACAUUACACCGUCCCUGACUGUACAUAUGUCGGCGGGGGCAGGAGGAACGGAGCUAUUCGCUUCGCCUUUUCUGGCUGCGCAGGCUUCCGUAGAGACGCUUCAAACGUGGCUGCCUCCGUGUGCUAACGUGAGAGUAAACUGAUUCUGAGCGUAUACGGUAGCAUCAAAACUAGAGACAACACAUAACCUGUAUUGUUUUAAGAAUAAAACUGGUAGAGUAGAAGACCGGUAUCCGCCCAGAGGUGGUGUCACAGAUACCUUUAUGCUGGUGCAGUCAGCUCGACCGUUCGGCCUCAUCGUCUCCCAUAGCCUGCAUCGUUCUUGCACCUGUCGUCCCAGACAGACGUUCCACUGGUGGUUACGCAGUGCUGUUGAUGCUGCUGCUGCUAUCAGCAGGGCACUGAGAUCCAUGGAGCCCCUAAAAGCUGUUGAGGACUCCAAGGUCCCCACCACCAACCGUCCACCUACAUCUACCGAAUCUCCAGAUGAAGACUUGAGCCCAUCCCCCACAGACACAGCAUCUGACAAGGGGAAGACGUCUCCUGCAGAUCUGUUGCCAGGAGAAACAGUGGUCAAGGAGGGCAAGGCGGCCAUCUUGUUCCCCAGUGCCAAUGAGGUGUUUUAUAACCCGGUCCAGGAGUUUAACAGAGAUUUAACAUGUGCUGUAAUCACAGAGUUUGCCAGAGAUGUGCUGGCUCAGCGUGGGGUGAAGGUGGUGGUGCCAGGAGAGAAAGAGAGGAUGGUGGUCUCCCUGUCAGAAGAGAAGAACGAGGCCGACGUUCAGACAGAAGAGAAGAACGAGACCGACGUUCAGACAGAAGAGAAGAAAGGUUCAGAGGAGCCACCUGUAACUGCAACAGUGGGGGAGAAAUGUGAGUUCACAAACAAAAAUGUGUGUGUUUCUCCCCCUUUUUUGCUACAGGCUCUGCGUAUCAUCCUCCACAGUUUGGACCAGAGGGCGGGGGUGUACCAGCGAUAUAUCCAGCCUCUGCUGUCCGUCAGCGCUGACUUUUACAUUCGGGUCUUUGUACGUGUCUUCACAGGACAGGCUAAGGUCAAAAACUCCGCCAGUAAACAGGCUCUGGUCUACAACUGUGUUGGCUGUGGGUCUUUCCACUUACAGAAAAUGGGAAGAAGAACAAGCAAUGGAAAACAUAUGAAGUAUUCUGCUGCCACUGGACCCCCCGUUGGACCGGCGUGUGCACACUGUGGUCAGAGACAUCAGCUGGGUGGUCCUGUCUGGGCGGAGCCCAUCCAUGACUUGGCGUUUGUCCAGAGGGUUUUGUCUGCUGUGUCGGGGAACCCAUCCCGAUUUGGAACAUCCAAACGCAUCGAGGGCAUUCUCAGCAUGGUGACAGAGGAGCUGGAAGAUGUGCCUCUCUAUUACACGGUGGACAACCUGAGCAGCACAAUACACUGCAACACUCCUCCCCUGCUCCUGUUCAGAUCAGCUCUCCUUCAUGCUGGUCACAGGGUUUCUCUCUCUCAUGCCUGUAAGAACGCCAUCAAGACAGACGCUCCUCCUGCAGUCAUCUGGGACAUCAUGCGAUGCUGGGAGAAGGCCAAUCCAGUGAAAAGGGAGAAGCUGUCUCAGACGAGCCCUGCCUUCAAGAUCCUCUCUAUUGAUCCCAGCCUAGAGGCCUGUUUCACAGUGAGGGCAGACGCCAACCCCCAGUCCCGUAAACGCCACCUGACCAGGUUCCAGGAGAAUCCUCAGGCCUUCUGGGGCCCCAGAGCUCGUGCCAAAGCUGGUGGUGGCAUCUCUACUGACCUGCAGGACAAGAGGAAGAAGUACCAGAACAAGAGGAAGAACCCAAUCACAGAUUCCUCUCAGCUGAAGAACUUCCCCUGCAAGAGGUUCAGGCAGGGAACGUGCACACACGGUGACGGGUGCUGCUACUCCCACCAUCUUGAGCAGACAAAUGAGCAAAUGGAAUGAUUCCACUGUAGUUUUUUUUUUUUUUAAUAUAUAAUUUUAUUUCUGGAGUUUGAAUGUGCCCAAUGUGCUGCAGUCAGGCUGUAUUUAGUUGAGGACCAUAAUAUAAAAAGUGUUAAUAGACAGAGCAUUGUUACAUUUUAUGCCUGAGGAUUUAACAGUAUAUUAUUUUUUUUUUUUUUUGACUGUUGUCAACUUUAAUGAAAUUAAAGUCUGCACUGUGACAUUCAGAUGCCUUCUGUCUUUGUUUUUUUUAAGAGAGUUUAAUGAAUAGUAACUGGUCCCUAGGAAGCUAAUGGGUUACCCAAUAAACCGAGAGCUGUAAUUAACCAACUUAAUUUCUAGCUUUCAGCCGGUAUACUAGUGGUUCUAUUCAGAACACAGAUGUUCUUCAAUAUGUGUUGAGCUGCUAAUAGAGUAACACAACAAGCAUUAACAAAUCUGACACUUUGAAUCAACUAAAAUGUUUGUCCUGAUUUCACAAAUAGCUGAAAUCUCAACUUUUUGUUUGUUAAAAUGGCCGCCCAGCAGCGUUGCAGUGUCUCUUCCAACAUUAAAGGAUCUCAAGUGAAAACCUGCCUCAGUCUCUCAGCGUGCACAAUAACAUUAACAUGUAACAGAUUAAGAAUGACAGAUUUUAUUAUCAGCUUUAUGAUCAGUAUAACAUCACUUUCAAAGUGUGUACAUGUUUGUACAAAUACAACGGUCACACUUAUUGCACACAUCAGGGAGUUUAUGUUGGCAACAGUUUGUUGGGGUUUGUCAGGUUGGGAACGGUGAAUGUGCUGAAAAACAAUCUAUAACAAAGUCGGUUUCCAGGCUGAGGAAUGUUCCAAA